CAAAUGCAUUACACAGAGAAUUUUCCUUUAGCUAUAAGCAGUUCAAAGCUACAGUCUAGGCUGGAUGGAGGCAGGACAUCACAGAGUAUUCAGCUUCAUCAUGGCUGGACACCUGCUGUUUGCCAUCCUCAUGAACAUGUUAUUUCUGACAGUUUCCUCUCAUGAGUAUCAAGUCCAAGCUCUCCUUCCACCAACACUGACAGUGAGCACAUCAGUGAUCUCAGAGACUGACUCAGUCACAUUACACUGUCAGCCACCAGCAUCUGCCUCAGUUCAUCACUGUUAUUUUUAUACUGGGGAGCAACAAAGUAACAAAGGCAACUCGUGUCUACAGACACUGACAGGAACUGAACUGCUGUUUAUGUCACAUCAGAGAUCACCUGCUGAGGUCAAAGUCAGAUGCUUUUACACUGUGAAAUAUGGAGCUGUGAAUUCUCCUUCACUGCACAGUGACACAUCCUCCAUCACCAUACAAAGUCAAACACCACAGAUGAGCGUUCAGCAUUAUGAUGGAGAAUAUGUUUUCAUCACUUGCUCUCUGCCUGGAUCUGUGAAAGAUGACACAAAAUGUAAUCUGUACUUUGGAGAAGCAAGUCGUCCAGUCCGAAAUCUAGCUGUCUCCAAGGAAAGCAGCAGAAAAACCAAACAGAGGUUCUGCCAGUUUUAUGUCGCAGUUCCUGAUUUUUUGAGGAACGUGGACACUGACUGUUGUGUUAGCUGUCGUUGGUUUCGGAGUAACUGUGGGCGUCAUUUUACUGGUGCUGAUGAUUCUUAG